AUGUUGCGUAUUCACAGGAACCCGAAUGUGCCCUACAGACCAAAGGCAAUGAAGUUGCAGGUGGAUCGUGAGGCGACGAGAACAUGGGUCUAUCCUACGAACAAGGAGCAUAGAGACUACCAAUUCAACAUCGUUCAGCGAGCGCUUUUCAACAAUGUCUUGGUAGCAUUACCCACCGGCUUGGGAAAGACGUUCAUCGCUGCUGUCGUCAUCCUCAACUAUUAUCGCUGGUACCCCAAGGGCAAGAUCAUCUUCGUGGCGCCCACUAAGCCGCUGGUGGCUCAGCAACAACAAGCUUGCCAUGGCAUCUGCGGUUUGCCUUGGGAUCAGGCCGUCGAGCUGACCGGAGACACAAAGGCUUCUCUGCGUGGCGACGAGUGGAAAACGAAGCGUAUCUUCUACAUGACCCCUCAGACCUUUGAAAAUGAUCUUUGCUCUUCGGCUAUCGACACAUCAGAUGUCAUUUGUGUCGUCGUCGACGAAGCCCACCGAGCGACUGGCAACUACGCUUAUGCAAACGUCAUUAGGUACCUCACUGCCAGAAACCCCUUCUUCCGCAUCCUUGCUCUCACAGCAACGCCGGGAAGCAACACAGAAAAGGUACAAGAGGUCGUCGACAACCUGCACAUCAACUCGAUUGAAAUUCGCUCCGAGAAAGCGCUUGACAUUCGGUCAUAUGUUCAUACGAAGUCUGAGGAUCCCGUCGUUGUUCCUCUUGGCAGUGUGGUUUCGACUCUCAAAGAGGGUAUGUGCACCCUCAUGCGCGGCCCUCUCGAACGCCUCAACAAAGCAGGCGUCGUCCACCAGACCGAUCCAGCCUCGUUGCAUCCAUUCACGAUCACAUCGGCCAACGCGGACCCCAGAAAGCGAGCGGUCAUCUACCAGCAAAAACUCUUCCACGCCAUGAAGGAGAUGCGCCAGAUGGCUGAAGCGCUCCGAUACCUGACCGAGCACUCUGUGCGCAUGUUCUCGUCCCGGAUGCUUGAGCUUGAGACGGGCGUCAACAGCCGGGGUACCAAGGCUUCGAACAAGCAGACGCAAGCCAAGAUGAGGAGCAACACCAUCAUCAAAAACAUGACCAAAGUAUUCGAGGAGGCGCAGGACAAUUCGGGCCGUGUGUCGCAUCCAAAGAUGGACUAUCUCAAAGACGUCCUCCUUGCUCACUUUUCCGACCUUCAGGAAAAGGGCCAAGAGACGAGGGCCAUGGUCUUUUGUCAAUACCGUGAAUGCGUCAAUGAGAUCGUGGAGAUGCUCAACGAAGACAGGGGCGAAAUCCGAUCGACAAUCUUUGUCGGACAGGCUCCCGAUCGCAACGGUGGACGCGGCUUCACGCAGAAGGACCAAGAGCGUGUCAUUAAAGAAUUCCGCAAGGGCCAAUUCAACGUGCUUGUUGCCACAUCGAUCGGCGAAGAAGGGCUGGACAUUGGCGAGGUGGAUCUCAUUGUAUGCUACGAGGCUGUCAAGGAUUCAGUGCGCAUGCUUCAGCGCGUUGGCCGGACGGGGAGAAAACGAGACGGCCGCAUCGUCGUGCUCAUGUCCGAGGGCGUCGAAGAGCGCAAUUGGCAAAAAUCGAAGGACUCGUACAAGUCAAUCCAGCACGAGAUCACCUCUGGUGCAAGCUUCGAGCUCUAUGACGACGUACCUCGACUGGUGCCGGACGACAUUGUCUCCGAGGUCGAGUUCAAGGAGGUGGACCAGCCCACAUUUGAACCAGACCUGAUUCGC